AUGUCAGUGACUUUGACGAAUCCCAACUUAUUUAUGACAAACCCUAUAAACCUACAAAUGAAGAGGGAAUUCGACGAAUUUACCACUGACGAAAACAAGAUGGAUCAAGUCGAUUGUAAUAAUUCCAGUGAUGGGAAUUCUGAAAGUAGUGACUUAGAAAAUAAUGGUCCAAACGAAGAUACAACAACAGCUCUGGAUUACACAGAAAACGCACUCUCUAUGAAUCCAGUAGCUGACUUUAUAAAGAAAGAAUUUCUCCCAGACCUUGAUUUCAGUAACCCAUUUAGAAAUCAAAGCUUGGGUUUUAAAAAUGGAUUCCAGAAUGCCCCAUUUCUGCUUCCGACCCAACUUUAUAAAAGUUUCCUAGCAAAUCUUGGAAAGAGAAGAAGGAAUAUGACUGACUGCUAUUCUCUUUAUUCACGGAAUAUGCUGUUUUCCAAUGGAUUUGGAUUAGAAGCGUCUGACGAUGAAGCUAAUGCUGAUAGAGUUACUGAUUCUCCUGAUGAGAAGGCGGGUGCAUCGUCAGCGUUCGUUUGGAGUGGUGGGGGGGUCACAGGUGGUGGAGGGCAGGAUCAGGCAGCCGCACAGCCCGCCGCCGUGCCGACAGGCACGUCAGGCGGCGGCGGCGCCCAAGGUCUAGUGCACUGGAUGUCGGUGAUGGCGGAGCAUAUGGGAGGGGGACACCACGACCCCUCCCAUUACGCGCUGCCUCCAUGGAACAAUGGCGGAGUUGAUAAAAAUUUAGGGAAUAUAACAAAAAAAAACUGGCGAGCUAAGUCGCUGGCAUAA